AACAGCAUUGCGCUUAAAAGAAAAACAGGUGCAAUGAGCAUGGAAUGGCCAAUUUGGAGUCCUUGUUACAGAAAUGCACCUCUCUCGCCCGCAUCAAGCAGCUCCAAUCCCACCUCCUAACAAGUGGGAAAUUCCAAUUCUACCCCUCCCUCACCACCAAACUCAUCGAGCUCUGUGCCCUCUCCCCCAUCGCCGACCUCUCUCAUGCCAUAACUCUCUUCCACCAACUGCGAAAGCCUUCAACCAAUCAAUGGAACGCCGUCGUUCGGGGCCUCGCCCAAAGCCUCCAACCCACCCAAGCCAUCUCAUGGUACAAGACCAUGUCAAAAGCCUCCCAAAAGGUCGACGCCCUCACGUGCUCCUUCGCUUUGAAAGCGUGCGCACGUGCAUUGGCUUUCUCUGAGGCCAUGCAGAUUCACUCUCAGAUUGUACGGUUUGGGUUUGGGGUCGACGUGUUGCUGCAAACCACUUUGCUAGACGUGUAUGCUAAAGUCGGCGACCUGGGUUUUGCACAGAAGGUGUUCGAUGAAAUGAGUGAGAGGGAUAUAGCUUCUUGGAAUGCUUUAAUUGCUGGGUUGGCUCAGGGGAGUCGGCCCACUGAAGCUAUAGCUCUGUUUAAAAGAAUGAGCGAAGAAGAGGGUUUGAAGCCCAAUGAAGUCACGGUCCUGGGUGCGCUCUCGGCCUGUUCGCAAUUGGGUGGAGUGAAAGGAGGAGAGAAAAUACAUGUCUAUAUAAUGGAGGAGAAGCUUGAUAUGCACGUCAUUGUGUGCAAUGCGGUUAUUGAUAUGUAUGCCAAAUGCGGCUUUGUGGAUAAAGCAUAUUGGGUGUUUAAGAAUAUGAAAUGUGGGAAGAAUUUGAUAACGUGGAAUACGAUGAUAAUGGCGUUUGCUAUGCAUGGCGAUGGUGGUAAAGCGCUUGAGCUUUUUGGGGAGAUGGCUAAAAGUGGGGUGUGCCCUGAUGCAGUGUCGUAUCUUGCUGCUCUCUGUGCGUGCAAUCAUGCAGGACUGGUGGAAGAUGGGGUUAGGUUAUUUAAUUCAAUGGAGGUGCAAGGGGUGUCCCCUAAUGUUAAGCAUUAUGGUACUGUGGUCGAUUUGUUGGGACGAGCGGGGCGGCUUCAAGAGGCUUACCAGAUUAUAGAUUCUAUGCCUAUGUUUGCUGAUGUGGUGCUUUGGCAGACUUUACUUGGUGCUAGCAAGACUUAUGGGAAUGUGGAAAUGGCAGAAAUGGCAUCACGGAAACUAGUUGAGAUGGGGUCUAAGGGUUGUGGUGAUUUUGUGUUGUUAUCAAAUGUUUACGCGGCUCAUGAGAGAUGGGACGACGUAGGCAGGGUGAGGGAGGCGAUGAAGAGAAGGGAUGUGAAGAAGAUACCAGGUUUCGGUUACAUAGAAGUGGACGGUGUGAUACACAAGUUUGUGAAUGGUGAUCAAAGCCAUGUUAAAUGGCGUGAGAUUUAUGCAAAGCUAGACGAGAUUAUGUUGAGCGUCAAAGCCUAUGGAUAUGUGGCCAAGACUAAUAAUGUGCUGCAUGAUAUAGGGGAGGAGGAGAAAGAAAAUGCAUUGAGUUAUCAUUGUGAGAAGUUGGCUGUGGCUUUUGGUUUGAUUAGUACCAGUGAGGGGACACCAAUUCAGGUGAUUAAGAACCUAAGAAUAUGUGAUGAUUGUCAUGCUGUGAUCAAACUUAUUUCAAAGAUUUAUAAUAGGGAAAUAAUUGUGAGGGAUCGAGCCCGGUUUCACAGAUUUAAAGAAGGAUGUUGUUCCUGCAGAGAUUAUUGGUGACAUUCAUUUGUUCUAACAUCGGAAGGAGAAUGAAAUUAAAGGGUUUGAAGCCUCUCUGAUGGAUCUACAGAAAGUGUUGUUGAUCAAUUUCGUUAUGUAUUUAUCCUUUUAAAGGAAAACACAGAUGAUUUGAAAAAUAAAAUCUGCAGAUACAGGUACAGUGCAAGCAUCUCUUUCGUGUUUCUUCCAA